UUUAAAGAGGCAGAAUGAUCACAGUGCAUAUUUCCGACGAGAACUUGGUGCAGUUAAGAAGUUCGUAUUUUUUAUAUGAUAUUUCCAUAGUUUUCCUACAACAAAGAAUGCUAAAAAACAGUGCGAAUUACACCGAAGCUUAAGAAUGGCAUCCUCAACGGAUAAGAUACAACUGACCCCUGAAACAGUAUUCAUAAGUCCUGGGGGUAGUGUAACAAUAACAGCAACAUGUGACAACACCAGCUUCAUUGGUCAACUAACGUGGACUCGAUUUGUCAACGAUAAUUUUUCGAAAUUGGACACUGGAAGCUCAAAAUAUGAUGAGUGUUUUUGUCAGGGCUUAUCAAAUACUGGUCGAUUGACAAUAAAUCAAAUAGAGCCUUCUGACAAAGGAAAAUACAGGGUAGAGGUCCGCCAGGUCCACCAGCAAAGGAAUUAUGUGGAAAGUAACGUGGUUUCACUGUAUGUUUUGGAGGACGUCAAUGCAGUUUGCAAAGAGGAACUAAACCUUCUACGCUACAAGGAAUGUGAAAGCAUGGCAAAGGGGGCUCUUCGUUUUAUAUUUGAUAGACUAAUUCCACCAAAUUGUCUUGCAAGCCAUCUUUCUAAGUACAAAGAUGGUUUACGCAAUUCCUGGAAAUGCAGAAAUGACCAGCUGCAAGAACUUUUCCCAAAAAAUGGAUUAGUUUCUUCCAAAAAUUUCGACAUUUCACUUCUCUAUAAACUUUUGCGCAAUACCACAACCGUUAAAGCACCGGUGAAUGGUUGGAAUGUUGAGCCAAAUUUGGAAAAUACAGGCGAAGGAGAUGAUAUUGAACGAAUUCAUCAACACCGAAAUUUCCUUUGUCAUUUAAAAGUGAACCAACUGUCAGAAGAAGAAUUCGAGAGUCGAUGGUUCGAUCUCACAACGGCAAUUGAUAGACUCAGCAAAGGGACCCUUCGGAGAAACAUAUGUUUCUUACGAAACAAGAAAUUUGAACAAAUGGAAAAGGUCACAAACAGAAAGUACUCGAAAAGCGGAAUUAUGAGAA